GCGCCGGGAGCGUGCGGAGUGAAACCUGAGCUGGUUCACGGGAGACCUGUGCGCUCGGUGCCUGUGGCUCAGCAGCAGCCCAAACUAGAAGCUGGCCCCACUCCUUGCUAUCAUGAGCCCAGCCUCAGUCGAGCAGUUUCCCGACAGCCUGCCUUGCAUUGAGGAUGCUGUGCAAAGCUGCAAGAGCCUGACAGCAGAGCCAAGGAGGGAAGCAAGGAGGACACAGGCCUCCCCAGGACACGAUUCUGCUAAUGCAUCUCUCAAAACUCUCUGCACCAUCAGGAGGCUGUUCCUGCUGCUCGGGGUUGCUGGGCUGCUGGUGGGGACAGCGGCUGGGGCAUGGCUCCUAGGCAGUGCAGGAUCGUUACCAGUGUCGUGCAUCUUCAGAUGCUGCCUGGGCUGUAUGAGUCUACCUCCACCCCCUUCUCUGUUUCCUGAAGUGAAACACCUGAAGAAGCCUCAGCCAGACCAGGGCUUCACCCUGCUGCAGGAGCCAGGUGUGGUCCCAGCAUGCAGUGACAGUGAAGAGGAAGACCCCGUGGUCCGUAGGGCUCACAAUAGAGUGUCUUUCAGAAUAAACAUGGCAAACUCCUUGCUGGAGGCGCAGGUGGAAGGCCGUCCUGGCUGGCUCCUGGCAUGCCAUGAGCGCUGGAGUCUCUCCCUGGGCACCCUGCUCUGCCGGCAGCUCGGGUAUCUCAGAAUGACCCAUCAGAAAGGAGUGAACGUGGCAGAUGUCAAGGUGAAUGACACACAGGAGUUCGUUCAGGUGAGACUGCAGCAGGAAGGCAGCCUGGAAGACAUGUGGCAGGUCAGGAGCAGCUGUGAAUCGGGUCGAAUUGUGGCUCUGAAAUGCUCAGAAUGCGGGCUGCGCCCCGGUGCCGGGCGGGUGGUCGGGGGGACGGACGUGCCCCCAGGGCGCUGGCCCUGGCAGGUCAGCGUGUACCACGGCUCCCAGCACCACUGCGGAGGUUCUGUGCUGGCACGUGAAUGGAUUGUCACAGCGGCUCACUGUGUGCACAGUUACAGGUGGCUUCCAGCCUCUGCCUGGCUGGUUUUCGCAGGCAUUAUCACCCAUGGCUCAAUCAAGCAUGAGGCCGGGGUAUCGGUAAAGAAAAUAAUUUACCACCCACUUUAUAACGACAGUAGCCUCGACUACGACAUUGCUCUGAUGAAGCUCCAAGUCCCCCUGAAUUUCUCAGAUGCCAUCCGUGCUGUGUGUCUGCCACCCUCCCACUGGGACCUCUUCCAGGGCACGCAGUGUUGGGUCUCUGGCUGGGGCUAUACCAGACCAGAGCAAGCACAGGUUACUGAGACACUGAAGGAAGCACUCGUUCCCUUAAUCGGUACCAAGAGAUGCAAUAGUUCGUGCAUGUACGCAGGCAAGCUCACUGCCAGGAUGCUGUGUGCCGGCUACCUGCGUGGGAAAAUAGAUGCAUGCCAGGGUGACAGUGGGGGACCCCUGGUUUGUCAGGAUGAAUUCAUGUGGCGCUUAGUAGGCAUCGUGAGCUGGGGCCAGGGCUGCGCUGAACCCAACCACCCUGGGGUUUAUACCAAUGUGGCUCAGCUUCUGCCAUGGAUUUAUCACAUCACUGAGAUCUACUAGAAAUAAGGCAAGGAGAGACUUCACAGAGCAACACUUUGCCUUUUCCACAUAGUAAGUGGAGAAUGGUCCAGGACUAAUUCAUGUUGUGUUACUAUAACCAUAACAAUCCCCAGACAACACUAGAAAACAUGCUUGGUAUAAAUAGUUUAUUAAAGAAAAUAGCAAAUUACAUUUCUGUGAACAAUC